AUGUCGGCGGCGCAGCAGCAGCAGCAGCAGAAGCGCGGCGGCCUCGGCCUCGGCGGCGGGAGCGGAGCAGCAGGAGAAGGUGGAACACGGGCCAUUCCCCAUCGAGCAGCUCCAGUUUCCCUGUGCAAACGCCUUCAGAAAAUGAGGAAUUUGUUGCCUGAACUAUAUUGGCCUGCUUCUGGAAUAGCUGCAUUGGAUGUGAAAAAGCUGAAAGAUUCUGGUCUGCACACUGUGGAGGCUGUGGCUUACACUCCAAGGAAAGAUCUUGUGCAGAUCAAAGAAAUAAGUGAAGCUAAAGUUGGCAAGAUAAUUGAAGCAGCAUCCAAGAUAGUUCCACUGGGAUUUACAAGUGCCAGCCAACUACAUGCGCAGCGGCUGGAGAUUAUUCAAGUUACAACUGGAUCAAGAGAACUUGAUAAGAUCUUGGAGGGUAAUGAGCUUGUAGAUUCCAUGAUCUUACUUUUCCUACAGAACUUAAAACUUAAUCUAGUUACUCGCAGUGAUUUAGCAUUCUGUUAUAGUGUUAUGACAUACCUGCAACAGCUUCCACUGGACCAAGGUGGUGGUGAAGGAAAGGCUCUGUACAUUGAUGCAGAGGGUACGUUCAGACCACAAAGGCUCCUGCAGAUAGCUGACAGGUUUGGGCUUAACGGUGCUGAUGUGCUAGAGAAUGUGGCUUAUGCCAGAGCUUAUAAUACAGAUCAUCAAUCCAGACUUCUGCUGGAGGCAGCUUCCAUGAUGAUAGAGACAAGGUUUGCUCUAAUGGUUGUUGACAGUGCCACAGCUCUGUACAGAACUGAUUUCUCAGGAAGAGGGGAGCUAUCGGCUAGGCAAAUGCAUAUGGUUAAGUUUCUGAGAAGCCUUCAGAAGUUAGCAGAUGAGUUUGGAGUUGCUGUGGUUAUCACCAAUCAAGUAGUAGCACAAGUGGAUGGCUCUGCUAUGUUUGCCGGACCACAGAUCAAGCCCAUUGGUGGUAACAUCAUGGCUCAUGCUUCCACAACAAGGCUUGCUCUUCACAAGGGAAGAGGGGAGGAGCGGAUUUGUAAAGUAAUAAGCUCUCCCUGCUUGGCUGAAGCUGAAGCGAGGUUUCAGAUAGCUUCUGAAGGCGUCGCAGAUGUCAAGGAUUGA